AUGUGGUCGUGGUUCGGCGGCGGCUCUGCUCAGCAGCGGAAGGAUGCGCCUAAAAAUGCCAUCCUUUCCCUGCGCCAACAACUCGAUAUGCUUCAGAAACGAGAGAGACAUUUGGAGAACCAAAUGGCGGAACAGGAUGCUAUUGCCCGGAAACAUGUCACCACAAAUAAGAACGCUGCGAAAGCUGCCUUACGACGGAAAAAAGGUCAUGAGAGAUCCCUCGAACAAACAAGCGCUCAGAUAAUUCAGAUUGAGCAACAAAUAUCAUCUAUCGAGGCCGCCAAUAUUAACCAAGAGACUCUCCUCGCAAUGAAGAAUGCCGGAAAUGCCAUGAAACAGAUCCAUAGUGGGCUCACGAUCGAGAAAGUAGACCAGACCAUGGACGAACUACGAGAACAACACGCGCUCAGUGAAGAGAUCGUAAACGCCAUAACAAGCAACUCCAUAGGCGAACCACUAGACGAAUCGGAGCUGGAGGCAGAGCUCGAGGGAAUGGAACAAGAGCAAAUUGACGAACGAAUGCUCAAAACCGGGACUGUACCAGUCGCAGACCAACUGGGUGCAUUACCAGCGGCCGCAAAUGGACCUCUCAAAGGCAAAGAAAGAGCCACGACAGAAGAGGAAGACGAGGAAGCGGAACUGGCAAAACUACGAGCAGAGAUGGCCAUGUAA